UAGAAAAUAUACCGACAUAUAAUUUCGUCCGUCAAGCGAUCGUUUGGCCUUAACAAGCAAACUGCUCGUCGAUAUAAGGUUAUGUGCUUUGUUCUCGUUUUGUGGAAUUAUGCAUCGGCCAGGAAGAAAGACCUCAUUCGGGAUAUAUCUAGUGCUUGCUGUCUUGGAGUAUAACUGGGGAGCGGUAUCCGGGCAGCUCUCCUAUUCCGUCUCAGAGGAGGUAAACCUGGGGACUUCUGUUGGAAAUCUCGCCAAGGAUCUAAAUCUCAAUGUACAGGAUUUGGAGUCACGUAUGUUUCAGAUCGUUACUGGAUCAAAGAGAAAGUAUUUUGAUGUAAAUUUAAAGUCAGGUUUUCUCUACGUCAGUGAAAGAAUAGACAGAGAAGAGCUUUGUGCGAAAGCUGCUAAGUGCACGAUAAAUGUAGAGGCUGUGAUUAAUAAUCCACUGAAGCUUUACCGUAUUGAAGUUAAUAUUCUUGACGUAAACGAUAACCCCCCCUCUUUCAGUGCCAAAUCACAAACUAUCGACAUAGCAGAGAGCAUACUGCCGGGAGCUACCUUCCCUGUGCUGUCGGCCUACGAUGCCGAUGUAGGUAAAAACAGUAUUAACACAUACAAGCUAAAUCCCAAUGAAUAUUUUUCUUUAGCGGUGCACAAAGGAGAGAGUGUGUCAGCCGAGUUAGUUCUUCAGAAAGCAUUAGACCGAGAAAAACAGGCUUUAAUUAAACUGGCGCUCACCGCUGUAGAUGGAGGAACACCUCCCAAAUCAGGCACAUCAGAAAUAAUCAUUAAUGUCUUGGACAUAAACGAUAAUAUCCCGGUCUUUACAAAAACAUUGUACAAAACAAGUAUUACAGAAAAUGCACCGCUUGGCAGUACAGUAAUAACAGUGACUGCAACUGACGCUGAUGAGGGGAUAAACAAAGACAUUGUAUAUCUACUAAAUUCGAAAGAUCAAGACCAUGUUUUGGACAUUUUUGACAUUGAUUCAGAAACAGGAACAAUAACCGUUAAAGGAAAAAUUGACUUUGAAACAAAUCCUGCCUUUGAAAUUCGUGUGCAGGCUGCUGACAAAGGCCAGCCUCCAUUAACAGCACAGUGUAAGGUACUAGUGGAGGUUGUGGACCUGAAUGACAAUGCGCCUGACAUCACAGUGACGUCACUGCUUAGUACAGUGAAGGAGGACGCUGAAAUUGGCACUGCUAUUGCACUUGUUUCUGUUCUUGACAGAGAUGGGGGCAAAAACGGUGAAGUCAAAUGUGAGAUAUUGAAUUCGGUUCCCUUUAAAUUGGAGACAAAUUAUAAAAAUUAUUAUUCAUUAGUUAUCGGUGGAGCUCUAGACAGGGAACUCAUCUCCCACUACAAUAUCACUAUCAAAGCUACGGAUGAAGGUAGGCCCCCUCUCUCUAACACUAGCGUGGUUAUUGUUCAGGUUUCUGAUGUAAAUGACAACACACCUAGGUUUUCAGAGACUGUUAUUAAUAUGUAUGUGGAAGAAAACAGUCCAGUUGGGACGGUUUUGAAAGCAAUAUCAGCAACAGAUGCUGACGUUAGUGAAAAUGGUCAGUUGAGCUAUUCAUUAGUCAGUGAUAAUAAAUUAGUCCCGCUGUCUACAAUGAUUAACAUCAACUCAGAGACUGGAGAUAUAGUCAGCCUGCAGUCUUUUAAC